AUAUAAGAAUCUAAUAGUCUGCACAGAGACUUCAGGAAAGGAAAUCAGCGCGCGCUAAAUAAACCAUCGUAACUUACACGGCUUCAGUACAAAGACCAUACCAACAAAAAUGGCGAAAGGAAUGUACUUAGAACACUAUUUAGACAGUAUCGAGGGACUUCCCUGCGAGUUGCAAAGAAACUUUUCAUUAAUGGGGGAUUUGGAUAAAAGAACUGAAGAGAAAAAAGCAGAGAUAAGUGAACUAGCUUCUGAGUAUAUUGGAAAUGUUAGAAAUAUGCCAUCCGAGGAGCGUGUCCAGCAUUUAAAGAAGAUUGAAAAUGCUUACAGCAAAUGCAAAGAGUACAGCGAUGACAAAGUUCAGCUUGCGAUGCAGAUAUAUGAAAUGGUGGAUAAACACAUUCGGCGGUUGGAUGCAGAUCUUGCACGCUUCGAGAAUGAUCUGCAGGAAAAACUGGACUCAGGUAGCCCGGAUAGCUCUGAUGAAAAGCAAUCUCGAAAGGAUAAGAAUAUAAAAGACAAGAGGGUAUCUAAUGGAAGAGACAAGAAAGGAUCGGAUCAAGAUUCACCCAAGCAGAAAAAACUGAAAACUGGUUCCAACAUAAGUGAAUCUCUGCUUGCCAUGCAUCCAUCAGAUGUCCUGGAUAUGCCAGUAGACCCCAAUGAACCCACAUAUUGUUUGUGUAGUCAAGUAUCAUAUGGAGAAAUGAUUGGAUGUGACAAUUCUGAUUGUCCAAUAGAAUGGUUUCACUUUGCUUGUGUCGGCCUAACAACCAAACCAAAGGGAAAGUGGUACUGUCCCAGAUGUACCCAAGAUAUGAGAAAAAAAUAGCAUAUUGCAGUGUAUCCUGAAUUAAAUAUUCAGUCCCUUUCUUGGUUAAUGUCCUAAUCAGUGGAAAUCAAUUGACUUUUUGUAUCAGUGCCUUUCUCUUUGCUAUGUAGAUGACCAUGAAUGUUACAACAGAGAAGAAUAAAAUGAAUUUUCCAGUUGCUGCCAGCA